UGGUGGCGCUGCCGUCGAGGCUAUGACUGGGUAACCAGUGUGCGCAUGUCACUUCGUAAGGACGAUCUCUUUCUGUCGUGGCAUCUAGAGAUAUAAUUUAAAGAAUAUCACAGAAAAAGAAAUUUCAUCAUGGGUAAAGAGAAGGUACAUAUUAACAUCGUCGUUAUCGGACACGUAGAUUCCGGUAAAUCAACCACCACCGGACAUUUGAUCUACAAAUGUGGUGGUAUCGACAAACGUACCAUUGAGAAGUUCGAGAAGGAAGCCCAGGAAAUGGGCAAGGGUUCCUUCAAGUACGCGUGGGUUUUGGACAAACUGAAGGCUGAACGUGAACGUGGUAUUACUAUUGACAUCGCCCUUUGGAAGUUCGAGACCUCUAAAUACUACGUCACAAUCAUUGACGCACCUGGGCACAGAGAUUUCAUCAAGAACAUGAUCACUGGUACUUCGCAAGCUGAUUGCGCAGUAUUGAUAGUAGCUGCUGGUACGGGAGAGUUUGAAGCUGGUAUUUCAAAGAACGGACAAACUCGUGAGCAUGCUCUGCUUGCUUUCACCCUUGGUGUUAAGCAACUUAUUGUUGGAGUUAACAAAAUGGAUUCAACCGAACCACCUUACUCCGAGGCCCGUUAUGAAGAAAUUAAAAAGGAAGUUUCUUCUUACAUUAAGAAAAUUGGUUACAAUCCAGCAACAGUUGCUUUUGUACCAAUCUCUGGCUGGCAUGGGGACAACAUGUUAGAAGUAUCCAGCAAGAUGCCCUGGUUCAAGGGAUGGACCGUUGAACGUAAAGAAGGAAAGGGUGAAGGUAAAUGCCUCAUCGAAGCUCUUGACGCUAUUCUUCCACCAACCAGGCCAACAGACAAAGCUCUCCGCCUUCCACUUCAGGAUGUGUACAAGAUCGGUGGUAUCGGUACGGUACCAGUCGGUCGUGUUGAAACUGGUGUAUUGAAACCAGGUAUGGUAGUAACGUUUGCUCCGGCUGGUCUUACUACUGAAGUCAAGUCCGUUGAAAUGCAUCACGAAGCUUUACCAGAAGCUGUUCCUGGUGACAACGUUGGUUUCAACGUUAAGAACGUAUCGGUCAAGGAAUUGCGUCGUGGUUUCGUCGCUGGCGAUUCGAAAAAUAACCCACCAAAAGGAGCAGCCGAUUUUACUGCUCAGGUAAUCGUAUUGAAUCAUCCAGGACAAAUCAGCAAUGGUUAUACUCCUGUAUUGGAUUGCCAUACUGCCCAUAUCGCGUGCAAGUUUGCCGAGAUAAAAGAGAAGUGCGACCGUCGUACUGGCAAAACCACCGAGGAGAAUCCAAAAUCCAUCAAAUCGGGAGACGCAGCAAUAGUGAAUCUUGUGCCGAGCAAGCCAAUGUGCGUGGAGGCAUUCCAAGAGUUCCCUCCGCUUGGACGUUUCGCAGUACGUGACAUGCGUCAAACAGUGGCAGUCGGUGUAAUCAAGGCUGUCAAUUUCAAAGACACGACGGGUGGAAAAGUCACCAAGGCCGCCGAGAAGGCCCAGAAAAAGAAAUAACUAGUUUCCGUAUGCAUGUAUCGCCGGAUGGGCUCCGGCCUCUUGUAGCUGAGGUAGUUGCUCCUCUUUCUUCAUGCCUUUCGUAUAAGAGGAAGUUUUUAUGCUCGACGUCAACGUUAACAACAACAUCAACAUCUACUACUACAACAACAGUAAUCAAGGCAUUUCCUAUGAAAUUGCAUUCCGUUAAGAAAAAUAACGAGAGCAGAAUCAACAAAGGGUCGCGACGUUACGGGUUCUCCAAAUCUUCUAACGUCCAGAUUGUUAAAACUUUCUCGCGUUUCUUUGGUAUUCGUAACUUUCGUUUAUCAAAGCGUUCGCUUCGUCAUUUCUUCCAUCGUAAAGAAUUUCGUAGGAAAGGCUACGAGUAUAAAUUAAUUAUAUGAUAUAUAUAAAUAUAUAUAUACGCUACGAACAUUAUUAAUAUCGAUUAAUAAUAAUAAUAAUAAUAUUAAUAAUAAUAAUAAUAAUAAAAAAACAUUAACAACUAAAGCGCGCACUUCCUUAACUUGUACGAUUUACAUGAAUCUAAGAGGAAGUCCAAACUACGUAAGGCUAUCUCGCGAUAACGAGUUUCUUUGGGGGAAAAAAAAAACAACAACAACAUGAAAAACAAUAACAAAAAACACAUCAAGAGAAAAUUCAUAAUUUAGCUCGGCUUAAUUAUAUUUUCUAAUUAUUAUUAUUAUACGGAAAUAAUAAAAUCCUAUAUCUGUGA